AUGAAGUUCGCCUUUCUGUCUCUGCUGGCAGCCAGCCAUGCCACCACAACCGCCCUCGAGUGCCAGCAGCACGGCCCCAUCCUCCCCCGACCCCUCGACUUGAACCACUCCAAGACCUUCCGUCGCGCCCUCGACAAUCUCACCAGCGUGCUGGAUUCGGCCGUCGCUGGACGCAUCAAGGCCGGAUGGGACACUCGCAACACGUCAAUCUCUGUCGGACUCGUCAGCCUGGAUCAGGCCAAGCCCUCGGUUCCUCUAUGGGAAUUUCACCACCUCGCCAAAGGCAACGUCAACGGCACCAAACGCUUGGAUCGGAACUCCCAGUACUUGAUCGGCUCUGUUUCCAAGGUCAUUUCGGAUGCCAUCCUGCUUCGAAGCGGGGUCAAUAUUGAUGAACCGGUUACCAAGUUCCUCCCGUCUCUCAACAAUGCUUCGUCGUUGAUCUCUUGGAAUAACAUCACCUUGCGAGCGCUGGCCUCUCAGUUAGCUGGGAUCCCUCCAAACUAUGGUUUCUCCGAGUACUUCUACCUCAAAUCCUACUUCCAAACCCUCGGUUUCCCGCCGAUCGACGACUCCGAGUUCGGAUCUUGCGGCAUCAUCGGUCUCCCCUACGGGCCUUGCACUCAAGACCAAAUCCUCCAAGGCAUGCUCACCCUCCACCCCAUCGCGCCACCCAUGUCCCGCCCCGUCUACUCCAACAUCGCCUACACCCUCUUCACCUACGCCCUCUCCGCCCGCACCGGCAAGAACUACACCCAGCUCGUCCAAGACCUGAUCUCCACCCCCUUCAACAUGCCCAACACCUUCCCCAGCGUCAGCCCGUUCCCGGCCGCCAUGGACUCUUCGCGAGCCGUCAUCCCGCCUGUCGACAACAGCUGGGGCUCCAACUACGCCGACAACGCGCCCGGCGGGGGGCUCGUCUCGACCCUUGCCGAUUUGUCGUCGUUCCUGCACGCCAUCCUGUCCCACACGGUGCUCGACACAGAAACCAAAGUCCGGGAAUGGCUCCAACCGCGCAGCUUCGCGGGGUCGCGCAACAGUUUUGUCGGCACUCCCUGGGAGAUCUUCCGCCCUGCUCCUGAACUGCUGUUCCCCGCUGACGUGAUCGCCCAAGGCGGGGGGCAUACGGUGACCAUUCUGGAAAAGGGCGGCGCGGCGUACGGGUAUAACGCGUAUAUCUCCGUGUUGGAUGAGUAUGGCGUGGGGGUGGUGAUUCUCACGGCAGGCGACACCAAUGCCGUGCUGGGGGUUCAUGAUGCCGUGCUGAGCGUGCUUGUCCCCGCCGUGGAUGCAGCCGCGAGGGAGAGCGCACAGAAGGAGUACGCGGGACGGUUUCUCGGCAAGACGACGCCGGCUACGGGGAAUAUGCCUGUCAAUGCGACGAUUGAGAUCGAUGCCAAGUCGAUGAGGCUGGUUGGGCUGAGCAGUAAUGGCACGGAUAUGCUGGCUUCGUUUGCGGAGGUCUGGGCGGUGACGAUGGGCAUGGUCAUGCCCGGCACGGGGCUGGCUGAAGAGUGGAGGCUGUAUCCGGCGGAGAUUUCCACGCCGGGGAGGUUGGCUGAUGGGAAGAAGGUGGUGAGGGAGGAUUGGAGGAUCAUGUGGGCGCUGGAGUCGGAGUUUGAGUCGGAGCUACCAGGAAGGGGAAUCAGUGAGCAGAAUUGUCUGAGCUGGACCGCGGCGGAUUGGGUGUACUGGGGUGGCGAGCCGAUUGAUCGGUUUGUGUUUGUCAAGGAUGCUAAGGACGGACGCGUGCUUGGGCUGGAAGUGCCGUUCUUGAGGACGGAGGUUAUGAAGAAGGCGAGGUAA